AGCCUGCUCAAAUGCCGUAUCGCGAUUGCAAAAAUAAAUAAAGUUAAAAAACGAUGGAUGAAGUGGAUAAAAUCAUAAUACACCAGCUUAACCAGAUUGACCCCAGCAUUGAGCCAAAUGAGCAGUUGGCAAACUUUACGCCGGAGCUAGUGGUGCGUGCGGUCUCAAGCUGCCUCCACGAAAUCAAACAUGCAACAACAGUACUGCCUCUGCCGCGAUCUUUGCCACCGGUUAUGGCACAGCGUUUCACCGUCUGCACAACGCUGGCCGAGUCCUGCAAGACAAUGGGCUAUCAUGGUGAUGUGGGCUACCAAACAUUCCUCUAUCCCAGUACCGUCGAGCUGCGACGUCUUUUCAUGUAUCUUAUUGAGCGCCUGCCGCGGGAACGGGAAGGUGGCGAUGACCUGCACACACGGAAGCCGCUAAGCGCCAGUGAAAUUUUGCGUAGGGAUGUGCGCAAAAAACUUGCCACACAACUAAAGGCGCCCUGGAUACCACAAUUCUGUCGAGGCCUAGCCGCUCGUCUCGGGGAGGCAGAAGGCUGCAGUAGUCAAUGUAUAGAAUUCGCACCGCAGCUCAACUUAAAUGUGCCUGGCGCUGAUCCAGCAGAACGCACGAAGGAAGUGCAGCAGUAUUUUGAUCAGCUAGCGCCAAGUGUUUUUCAACAAACGGCCGAUAGCAAAUACGAUCUCAUAGCCUCGGUGCUGCACAAAAACGAUCUGGAUCGUUGGGGCCAUGUGGUGCCCACGUCGGUGACGGUCUGGCCUGUGCCAGGAGAAGAAACGAGCAGCUUGUCCAUACCACAAAUACCCCUCUCUGAUACUGCUGAUACUGCGAAUGCUGAACAGACGCCGUUGCAAAAGCUCAGCGAUCAGGUUCAGCAAUUGCGCUCCCAAUGCGAGGAAUUGCUGACCAAACGCAAAACCCUGGAAGCCUAUGUGGCGUCACUCAAGGCUCGUGAAUUUGAGGCCACAGCGGAAGUGCAGAGCCUUCAACCUGUGCUCAAAACACACGAGCGCCUUGGCCUAGUUCUGGCCGAGCCAGAGGAGAAUGUCGCCAAAUUAGAGGCUCUCGUACGUAAUACUGAAGGCAAACGUCAAAAUCUCAACCAACAAUGGCAGGAGUAUCGUCAGCCAUUAAUUGAACAGCUGCACGCACUUAAAACGACCAAGGAGGGUCAACAGAAAAUGCAAACCGUCCUGGCGCUGCGUACGACCAUCGAACAACUGGAGAAAGAAUUGCAUCAGAAGACGGAACAGCACAACGAGCUGAACGAGACGCUCCGCAACAUGACUCAGACAGUGGCCACACGUAAGGAAUACACACGACGCAUCCAUGAGUUCAUUGGCAACAUACGCAAGCAGCGAGCAGACAUCUCAAAAGUGCUCGACGAUACGCGACAAUUGCAGAAACAGUUGAAUGUGGUCGGAGCUCAGUUGCAGCGUCAAUUCAACUACACGGACGAUCUACUCUUUCAGAGCGCCAAACACGACUUGCAUGCCAAGAAGGCCUACAAGCUUCUGGCCCAAUUGCAUUCCAGUUGCAAUGAGCUGGUCGAAUGUGUCAGUCUUACCGGCAAUGUUAGCAAAGAGAUUCGUGACUUGGAGGUGCAAAUCGAUGGGGAGAAGCUGAAAAAUGUGUCAACUAGCCUGCAACAGAUCACGCAGCAUAUACAGGACCUGCAGGGAGAAAUGCGCACAAUGGAGCUGGCAGUAACAACAACAUAAUUAGUUGCUGCUUGCAAUUAGACUAUUAGUAAAAAGUGUAAUAAUAAAUGUUUACUACACACGCGUA